AUGUUAGAGGGACUCGUUGCGUCACUUCUUAAUCGCUUUCUCGGCAUGUACAUACGAAAUUUCGACCCUAAACAACUUAACGUAGGAAUAUGGUCUGGAGAUGUAAAGCUUCGAAAUCUAGAGCUAAGGCGUGAAGCGCUCGAUCAACUAAAAUUACCUUUAAAUGUUACAGAAGGUCAUCUAGGACAGCUAACCUUACGAAUACCAUGGUCAAAUUUAAGAGGUCAGCCUGUCCAAGUAUAUAUUGAAGAUGUGUAUGUGCUAGCCGCACCCAAAGAAGAUGCUGAGUGGGAUGAAGAAGAGGAAGAAAAAAGGAAUCAAGCUAUAAAGAUGGAAAAACUUGACAGCGCAGAAUUACUCAAAGAGCGUAGUCAAGAAGGUCUUAGCCAAGAAGAACAACAAAAAAGCCAAAGUUUUACUGAAAGUUUAGUGAACAAAAUCGUGGACAAUCUUCAAAUUACAGUCAAGAAUAUUCAUAUUAGAUACGAGGAUUCAAUUUCUGCUCCGGGCCACCCCUUUGCAAUAGGCGUAACGCUCCAAGAAUUCAGCGCGAUAAGUACAGAUGGAGAUUGGAAACCUACUUAUAUUCAAGAUUCUAUGGGACCUACUCAUAAGCUUGCCACUCUAGGUGCAUUAGCUAUUUACUGGAAUACAGAUAGCAAUCUUCUAGGGGCUGCAGCACUAGCUGAAGCUUCUGAAUCUACCACUAGCUUUCACGGGAAUAUUCUCGACAAAUUCCAAAGCAUGAUAGUUAAAGAAGGGGCUUCCAACAUGACGGGCCAUCAAUUUAUUCUCAGACCAGUUAAUGGAAAAGCUAAAAUUGAAAUAGAUAAGACAGGCAAGAAUGAUAGACCUCACAUGAAUGCAAGCCUUAUAUUCGAUGAAAUCGGACUCGUUCUAGAUGACAACCAAUAUCGUGACGCACUGAUGAUGGUAGACCUAUUUCAUUAUUUUAUAUGUCACCAGCAAUAUAAGAGAUUGAAACCAAAGAAUUGUUCACCAAAAGAAAACCCGCGAGCUUGGCUUAAAUUUGCUUUCCACGCGGUUUUAACAAAGAUUCAUGAUAGAAACCGGCGCUGGUCUUGGGAAUUCCUCAGAGAGAGACGUGACGAUCGUAUCCGUUAUAUUGAGCUCUUUAAGCAGAAAAAAAAACAAGAAAGCUUUCUGAAACCUGAAGAAGUAUCAGAAUUAGAAAAAUUAGAGUGGAAGCUUGAUUAUGAAGACCUGCGGUUUUGGAGAUCCCUAGCAAAGAAUCAGUUGAAGAAAGAAAACGUAGGAGUAAAGAAACCUAACCAUGUCAAAAGUCAAGGUUGGGUUGCGUGGGUAUGGGGCACAAAGCCAGAAGAAGAAGAUCCUCAAGCUUCGCUGACUCAGGAACAAAGAAAGGAGUUAUAUGAAGCAAUAGACUGGGACGAGAAGACUGCUCUAGCUGAAAGUGUUGAACUACCGAAGGAAACUGUCAAAAUGCAAAUCAGUGCAUCAUUAAACACGGGAAGCUUUACAUUGAAGCGUAAUCCACAUGGUAAUACCAUUGAAGUUUUAAGCUUAUAUUUUGAUGGUUUUCGAGCUAGCUUUCUUCAGAGACCAGAAUCAUUCUUAGCAGAUCUAAGUCUAGAAGGUUUGAGGGUCAACGAUGGAACUACCCCCGGUAGUCUUUUCACUCAGAUAGUCCGUGUCAAAGAUGCUCUUGAUCAUGGCUCUCAAAUAUCCCAAAACGAUGUGGACAAAGAUUCACACAAUAUUUACGAACCUUUUUUCAAAAUACGGUUCGAAAAAAAUCCAUUGGAUGGGGAAAGUGAUAUGGCUCUUACCGGAAAGUUAAAGCCUCUUGAAAUAAUCUGGAAUCCCCAAUUUCUUGUUGGUAUUACAGAAUUUUUUAGACCUCCUGAAAGACAUAUGGAGUCAAUUGGAGCUUUAAUGGAAACGGCCGGUGCAACUGUGGAAAGUCUGCGGAGGCAAACCAGGGCAGGCCUAGAAUUUGCGCUAGAAGAACACAAAACUCUGAAUACCAUACUAGACCUACAGGCACCUCUUGUUAUUAUUCCCGAAAGCAUCACUGAAGAAAAUACAGUCUGCUUGAUUCUAGAUGCUGGACAUAUUAGUGUAAACAGCCAACUUGUUGACAAAGAUACACUUAAGCAGGUACAGGAAAAACAACAGCAUUCAUACACUGAUGAGGAUUAUCAACAGCUCGAGUCCUUAAUGUAUGACAAAUUCUUGGUAAAACUAUCUUCGACCCAGCUUCUGAUUGGCCCAUCAAUUGAAGAGACAAAAGCUCAACUUGACAAAAGAGAUCCAACCAAGUCUAUGCAUAUAGUAGAAAAAAUAAACAUCGACUUUCUCGUUGAAACAUCUAUCAUUCCAAAAGCACCCAACCUUGCGAAAGUCCGGCUUUCUGGGCAUCUUCCUCUCUUACACGUGACUGCAUCAGACACAAAGUACAAGAGCCUCAUGAAGAUUAUUGAUGUUUCAAUCCCAAAUUUUGAUGAAAAUCAAAGCUCAUCUAACUUAUCCAACAAUGAGAAGUUGAUUCAAAGAUCUCAAAAUCAAGAUGGCUUCAUGAAGCUUACUAGACAACAAGAUAAUUCCCGGCAUGCAGUGUUCCAGGUUCCUGAACAGGAGUCUAUCAUAAUUCAGGCUAGGCCUGAUAAAAAUUCUAGUUCUAAAGAGGCAUCAAGUAACGAGCUAUCUGAAGACCUGCAGAUCCAGCAGCAUAGUUUUGAGCUUAAAUUUGAAGUGGACAAGCUUCGUGGUUCUCUUUUUAGAAGCGACUCCGAAGGAAAUAAGCAGGAUCAAAUUCUAGUUGAAUUAUUGGCCAGUAACUUUGCAAUAAACUUGGUUGUUCGACCUUACGAUAUAAGAAUUAACACUUCACUUCAGUCUUUAAUGAUAGAUGAUUACGUAGAAAAUCCUCCUCCAGAAUUCAAAUCAAUUAUCUCUUCUGAAAAUACAGAGCCUAAUGAUAGGGAUUUAGUUAGUUUGAGUAUCGUUAUAGUAAAAAAGGAAUCACCGGAUUUCCUCACCAAAUGGGAGGGUGUGAAUACCAACAUUAAGGUUGCUAUAUCUACCAUUAAUUUCGUUGUCACAAGAGCAACUCUCUUAACACUCCUCGAUUUUAUCCUGGUGACUUUUGCGGACGAUUCUACGUCAUCUAUCCCCCCGAGUGGGCAAGUCAAAGAAAUCGAGGGAGGAUCUACAUUAGUAAACACGCCAAACUCUAUGACUAGCGCUGGUUCCAUCCGAAUAAAAAUAGAUUUGAAGAGUAUAAGACUUAUUCUCAAUAACGACGGUGCACGGCUGGCUACUUUAUCUCUCGAUAGUGCAGAUGUCGGGAUUUUUAUUAUGGAUAACACCUUACAAAUUAGAACUAAGCUUGCUGAUUUUACUUUACUAGAUGAUAUUAAUCAAGGAGCUUAUAAAGACUUUGAUCAGCGCAAGCUAAUAACAAUACAAGGCGACAAUUUAGCAGACUUUAGAUAUGAAACGUUCGAUCCUAGUAUCGUCGAUGAGUAUCCAGGCUAUGACUCGUCAGUUUAUCUACGCACAGGCUCGAUUAAAGUAAAUUUUCUCAGAGAGCCAUUCCAUGAAAUAAUCAAGUUUUUAGUAAAGUUUGGAAAGAUGCAAGCUAUUUUCAAUGCUGCAAGGCAAGCAGCUGCUAACCAAGCUUCUCAAAUCCAGCAGAAUGCAAGUCGAAUGAAAUUUGAUAUCAAUAUCAAAACACCAAUUGUUGUGUUCCCUCGAAUUUUCGUUGCCGAUAGCUCUAAAAGAGAUGUUGUUACAGCUUACUUGGGUGAAAUCUACGCUAAGAAUGAAUUCGUACCUGUUGAUGAUAAUAAAGAUUCCAUAAUUUCUAUGGAAAUGUCUGCAGGUAUAAGAAACAUCCGACUCACCUCAGACUUUUACUAUUCUGGGGGUCAAGCUGAGGAACUGGAAAUCAUAGACAAAGUAGAUCUAGGAUUCAAAUUAAUAUACAUAGAACAUACAGAUGCUACUAGCAGGCCUGAACUUCAGAUUGAUGGUAGUAUGACAGAUCUCAAUAUUUGCAUAACUCAGACUCAACUUAAAUUUUUAUUGGAGCUCGCAAAUUCUAUUCCAUCUGCGUUUAUAGUUGACGGUGAAAUAAUUGAGAAAGAUACUAUAAAUUACAUUGACCAAAAUUCUAUUAGUAAGAAAAAGCUUAAUGAGCCCCCGGAAAUAAUCGAUGAUCUAGGUGUCGACUUAGGACCUGAGCUUAGUUUCAGCAUCAAUAAAUGGACAAAACUCGAUCUGAACUUCCGAGUUCAUACCAUUGGGCUGGAACUAGUUUCUGCGAAUGUUGAUGAACCUGUAGAGGACCGUGAAGCAGCUAGCCUUUCUAAAUUUUCUUUAGAUAAAACAAAUUUAAGACUGCAAAUGAUGACUGACGGAUCCUUGCAAUCUGAACUUUUAAUACACUCAUUUACAAUACAAGACAGCAGGGCCAAGACCUCAAAUAAGUUUCGAAAAAUUAUGACGUCAUCCAACAACGAUGUUCAGCAGUUUAUGGCCAGUGUAACAAUCUCAGGUGGUCAAGAUCGAAAUGUAAUUAUUAUUAUAGCAGUUGACAAUCCUCGGGUUAUAUUUGCACUAGAUUAUAUAUUCGCUAUCCUAACCUUUGUGAAUGAGGGCUUUGAGUAUGACUCUACCCUAAUGGAAGAUGAUGCUAGCUUGAUUGAAUCUGCUGAUGUAUCUGACGACGAAUAUACACAAAUAAAUAAGAACAAUGAAUUAGAACACAUAAUAGAUAUUUCCAAAGUUAAAAGCACCUCAUCCAGCUCAAGAAAGACGCCCAAGGAAGAUACUUGCUCCAAUAUUUCUUUUAGAGUCAAUGUUGUUGAUGCUCAAGUAAUCUUGAUUGCAAAUCCUUUAAACUUGAGUUCUGAGGCAAUAGUCCUUGGAACGAAGCAAAUACUGAUGUCUAAACAAAAUGUUUUUACUUUGCAAAUAUCCCAGAUGGGUAUGUUCCUCUGUCGUAUGGAUAGUUUUGAGAGUACCCGUUUAAGGAUUCUUGAUGAUUUCUCUUUACAAGUAUCUUUGGAUAAUUUACAGUCAAAUUCAACUAAGAUAAAAAUCGAUAUUGAACCACUAGUUCUCCGGUUAUCUUUAAGAGAUAUUCUCCUAGCUCUUCAAAUCAUUAAAAAAGCAUCAGAGUUGUCUGAUGAGGGGUACGGAAAAAAAAAGAAUCCUGAUUCCGAUUUGAAUUCCAAAAAAAUUAGCAGCAUUGAUGGUGAGUCUUUAAAUACUCGACCCACGGGUAAAGUAGCGAUAUCUUCGAGAAAAACUCCAACUGGAGCAGCGAAUAAAACUAAUUUGAACAAUAAAAAUUCUGCAACUCGGAUGUCUCCGAAUAAUGAAGAGCUUAGUGCAACUCUUGAAGGUAUGAGGCUUGUUCUUAUUGGUGAUCUUCACGAAUUACCUAUUAUGGAUCUCAGUGUUAAAGGCUUCACUGUCACUGUAAACGACUGGUCCAGUAACCUACGUGCCAACGCAAAUCUAGACAUGUUCAUUAAUGUCAACAACUUCUCAAAAUCAGCGUGGGAGCCAUUAUUAGAACCUUGGCAGCUCAAAUUUUAUAUUUCAAGGCAAAUUAAUCCGAACUUUAUGUCGAUCGAUCUCACAUCUUCGAAGAAUCUCGAGCUCACGAUAACUUCUGCUACGAUAUCUCUUGCCAUGAAAUCGGUUCAAUUUUUAACAAGAAAAGAUGAUGUAUUAUCGAAAGCGCGAAGAAUCGAUGCCCCGUAUACGAUUAAAAAUUAUACUGGAUUCGACAUUAUUGUAUGGGCUGAUUUGCAUGGAGAUGAGAAAAGUAAUAAGAUGAGUGUAAAGCUGAAAGAUGGCGAGGACAGUCCAUGGCAGUUUGAAGACUGGGAAAAAGCGCGCGAGAAUCUCUCAUCAGAAGCUGAAAAUAGAGCCAUUGGAAUAAGGCUUGAUGGAAGCGGAUUUGAUGCAAUAAAUAAAAUUCCAGUUAACCGAGAAGGAGAGUACCUUCACAGUCUACGACCACGGAAAGAUCAGAUUCUUCAUCGGCUAUUAGUAGAAAUUACAUUGGGAAUGGAUAACAUUAAGUAUAUCACUUUCCGAUCUCCUCUUCUUAUUGAAAAUAAGACCCUUAUUCCCGUCGAGAUGGGUGUAUUUGACGAACAAAAUCGCCAUUUACUCAAGAUUGAGAAAAUUCCCCCUGGAGAAAGCCGCCCGGCUCCAGUUGGCGCUGCAUUUUCUAAACUCUUAUUGAUAAGGCCUGAUCAGGGGUUUGGGUAUGCGUGGUCAUCUGAGUGCUUGUGGUGGAAAGACUUGCUCAAAAGGCCAACAGCUACAAUAACUUGCAAAGGCGAGCGUGAUAAAAAUACGCCCCCGUUUUAUUUCCAAAUGCAUGCAACAAUAGAUCGAAGCAAUCCUCUCACUAGUGUCUAUCCAUAUAUGAAAAUUCGUCUUUCUGCACCAGUAGAAUUGGAGAAUCAUCUCCCUUAUGAUUUCAAGUAUCGAAUCUAUGAUAAGAAUGCCAGAAAAGAUUGGGUAAAUUUUCUACGUAAGGGAGGCUUAAUUCCCGUCCACUUUGUCAAGUUAUCUCACCUACUUUUAAUGAGCAUAGAUAUGCAGGAUACCCCAUUUAAAGCUAGUGAAUUCUCUAUUAUCACUUCGAAUAGCCAAGAAGAUUUUCGGAGAGAGUCGAAAAUUAUCUGUAGAGAUGAAGAAGAUCUUCCGCUAAACCUUUGUCUACAUUACUUUAAGAUCCCAGAUAGCGGUGGUGCUCUCAGAAUUACUGUCUAUAGUCCAUAUGUUAUUCUGAAUAAAACUGGAUUAGGUAUUCAGAUUAAGUCGAAGUCACUUCUUUCGAAAGCAAAGACAGCUGCAGGCCAAAAGUUUCUGACAGAUUCUAAUGACACAGAUCGACAAAAAGCACUACCAUUCAUGUUUACUUUUAGUGGAGAUGAACAGAGAAACAGAGCAAUGCUUAAGAUUGGAGAAUCAAACUGGAGUAAGCCACAAUCUUUUGAUGCUAUCGGUAGUGUCAUAGACGUUGUUCUUUCAUCAACAACAAAAGAAACAGAAAUUCAUGUCGGAAUAACAAUUGAAGCGGGAGAAGGAAAGUAUAAGUUGACCAAAAUAGUUACGCUUGCGCCUCGUUUUGUGCUGAAGAAUCGAAUGAUGGAAGAGAUUAACUUUCGAGAACCCGGAUCAGCGCAGCUGAUGUCAUUAGGACCUGAAGCAUUACUACCAUUACAUUUUCUGCAGAAAGGUACCACCAAACAAUUAUCUUUAUGCUAUCCUGGUUUGAACAACCAAUGGUCUUCGCCAUUCAAUAUAUCUGAUUUAGGAACCACCCACGUAAAGCUUGCAAAAACAGGCGAGCGACAAAGGCUUAUCAGAGUUGAGAUUUUAAUGGAAAAUGCAACAAUAUUUCUGCAUAUUUCUCUUGAAUUAAAGCAUUGGCCCUUUUCAAUACGGAAUGAAAGUGAUACAGAAUUUUUAUUUUAUCAAGCAAAUCCGAAUAUCAAUGAAGAAGAUUCGGACGAUAGAUCUAGCUGGCAUCCGAUUCGGUAUCGGUUACCACCUCGAAGUAUCAUGCCAUAUGCGUGGGAUUAUCCAGCCGCAAAAGAUAAAAAGUUAAUUUUUAAUGCCGAUGGAAAAGAGCGACAUAUUAGGCUAACGGAAAUUGGAAAUCUUAUUCCCAUGAAAAUAACCACUUCUCGGAACCCGCACGAAAAGAAAAAGCAAAAAAUAAUUGAUCUGAAUGUUGCGGCUGAUGGACCGACCCAAACUUUGAUUUUGUCGAACUUUAAAGCAUCCAAGAGUCUAUAUAAGCAAAAUCCCCGAUCUGAGUCCACAACUAGUGCUGCUGGAGGAUUCGAAGUCAAAGGCCAGAACACAUUUGUUAGCUUCCAUGCGCAGCUUAAAUUGGCUGGAGUCGGUAUAUCAUUAAUAAAUGCUCAGCUCAAAGAAUUGGCGUACAUUACUAUGCGAGAUAUCUCACUAAAAUAUUCCGAGUCCCUACUUUACCAGACUAUAACUGGCUCUAUAAAAUGGAUACAAGUUGAUAACCAGCUAUAUGGGGGAAUUUUUCCGAUGAUCUUUUAUCCUAGCGUUGUUCCUAAAAAUAAUAGAGAAACAGAACCUCUUCCUUCAGUACACAUCAUGGUGACUAGGGUUAAAGAUGAUUCCUAUGGUGUUUUAUACAUCAAAUACGCCACGGUCUUAUUACAGCAAAUGACAUUGGAAAUAGAUGAGGACUUUGUUUAUGCACUUUUAGAGUUUUCAAAAGCGCCAGGUGCAGAAUGGUCAGAGCCAUCCAAUGUCGUGCUUUGUGAUGAGAGUUUAGAUAUUCCUGAGCCUACCCAAGACCAAUCUGGUAAUCAGAUUUACUUUGAACUGCUUAACAUUCAGCCCAUGCAGCUAGACUUGUCAUUUGUUAGAACAGAUCGCGUUAACGUUGAAGACAAAACUUCUUCCAGAAAUCCGCUAAUGUUCUUCUUGAAUGUACUUACUAUGGCAAUUGGGAACAUUAACGACGCCCCUGUUCGAUUAAAUGCAUUAAUAAUUGAAAACGGCCGUGUCUCCGCGAGUGUUCUCGUACAAAGGAUGUCGAAUCAUUAUUCGCAGGAAGUACUAUAUCAAGUCCAUAAAAUUCUCGGCUCUGCUGACUUUCUCGGAAAUCCCGUUGGCCUCUUCAAUAAUUUAAGUUCAGGUGUGGCCGAUAUUUUUUAUGAGCCCUACUACGGAUUUAUCAUGGCAGACCGACCAGAAGAUCUAGGCAUAGGCAUUGCCAAGGGAGCCACGAGUUUUUUAAAAAAAUCAGUGUUUGGGGUCUCGGAUAGCGUAUCUAAGUUCACGGGUAGUAUAGCUAAAGGGCUGGCGGAAGCAACAAUGGAUAAACAAUUUCAAGAUCGCCGCCGCAUGAGUCGGUCCCGUAACCGUCCCAAACAUGCACUAUUUGGUGUCACUGCUGGUGCAAACUCUUUUGUGAGUAGCCUCGCAAGUGGAGUUGGUGGUCUAGCUCGUAAACCCUUGGAAGGUGCCGAACAAGAGGGAUUUGCCGGAUUCUUCAAAGGUGUUGGCAAAGGCGCACUUGGCUUUGUCACAAAACCAGCUAUUGGUAUUUUUGAUCUCGCUUCGAAUGUCAGUGAGGGAAUUCGAAAUACUACUACUGUCUUUGAUGCUGAAGGUCUUGAAAGAGUUCGUCUCACUCGCUUCAUUGGCAGCGACGGCAUUGUCCGUCCUUACUCUCAACGUGAAGCAUUAGGUCAGUUUUGGCUCAAGCAGCUAGAUAGUGGCAAAUACUUUAAUGAACAGUACAUUGCACACCUGGAACUACCUCGAGAGGAUGUAGUCGUAAUGUUGACGUAUAGCCGAAUUAUGCUUAUCAAGAGCAAAAAACUGACCAGCGAAUGGGAUAUUCCUCUUAAAGAUAUCCAGACAAUUAGUAAGGAGCGUACAGGGCUAAGUUUGAUUUUGAGAGGAGAGUUGAAUGGUCCAUUUGUGCCAGUCACUGAGGAAAGUAGUCGAAACUUUCUUUAUUCAAAGGUUGGUGUCGCAGUCGAAGAGUUCAAUCAAAAGUAUAAGGCGAAGUAG